AAAAAAAAAAAAAGAAAAAACAAAAGAAAAACUGAAAGUUUCUCCAAAUUCAUCAGCCACAAUUUCAAAUUCAUUCACCAUUAUGAAUUACCAGUUGAAGGUCGCUGCAAAAUCUCUUCUGGCAAUGGUGAAUUAGGUGAUAAGUUCAAGGACUGAUUGAUUUGUUGAGAAGAGCUUGAAGCUUCUCAACGAUGGCUAUAGUGAAGCUGAAACAGCAAGCCGUAAUUGUUGAAAAAAAGGGGUGGUUUUGGGAGGGGCGCGCGGUUGGGAAAUUUUUGGAUUCAUCAGGGGCAAAUAUGUCAAUUAAACGGGGACUGGACCUGGGCGAAAUAAUUGUUUGCCUUGGAAAAAAACUGUCUCCUUUUUACUUCAUUCAUUUUUCAUUAUAGAGAUUGUACGGAUAGAAGCGCGGCUGUGGAGGUGGUGUCUCUGUUUGUUUUGGUUUGGUAGAGGACUUAUUGAAUCAGGCAUAAAGUGGGCACAAAUUUUUGAACGAUGGUAGCUUUCCCAUGUGCAUCCGUGCAAUCCAGUUACUUGAGAUGCCCUUUUACCUGGAAGACAAAUGGAUUAUGUAUACCUAAAGGUUCUGUUUCUUCAGUUGCUUUUAUGAGAAAGACAGUUGAAUGGAAGGAAACAAGAAUGGCAAGAAAACCAGAAAUAGUGGCUUCUAGUAUGUCGCUUUCUCUAAACAGCCCACAUGAGGCCAAGGGUGAUAAGGAAAAUGUUGAGUUUCUCGGGUUAAAGAAGCCGAUGGAUGCAAGAAGAUCUAACCAAAUCUUUAGUUUAUACAGGAGUACUGGAGUUUAUUGCAAGGCAGCCUCCUCUGGAGAUAUAUCCAGCAGUGGUCCUAGUCAAAUGAGCCAGUAUGAGAAAAUUAUUGAAACAUUGACCACUCUGUUUCCCGUAUGGGUCAUUUUAGGUACUGUCAUUGGUAUUUACAAGCCUGCAAUGGUAACUUGGUUAGAAACAGACUUAUUCACGGUUGGUUUGGGGUUCCUCAUGCUUUCAAUGGGAUUGACAUUGACAUUCGAGGACUUCAGAAGAUGCUUGCGCAAUCCUUGGACUGUGGGUGUAGGAUUUUUGGCUCAGUACCUCAUCAAGCCAAUGUUAGGCUUUUUCAUUGCUAUGACACUGAAAUUGUCUGCUCCUCUGGCCACUGGGCUUAUUUUGGUGUCAUGCUGUCCUGGAGGCCAAGCAUCAAAUGUUGCUACAUAUAUAUCCAAGGGCAAUGUUGCACUUUCAGUUCUCAUGACAACUUGUUCCACGAUCGGGGCCAUUGUGAUGACUCCGCUCUUGACAAAGCUUCUAGCUGGUCAACUUGUGCCAGUUGAUGCAGCAGGCUUAGCUAUCAGCACAUUUCAGGUUGUGUUAGUGCCAACAGUUAUUGGGGUUUUAUCAAACGAGUUUUUCCCAAAGUUCACCUCAAAAAUAAUUACUGUUACACCAUUAAUUGGAGUUAUCCUGACCACUCUUCUCUGUGCCAGUCCAAUUGGGCAAGUUUCAGAAGUGCUGAAAACUCAGGGUGCACAAUUAUUACUCCCAGUGGCCUUAUUACACGCUGCAGCCUUUUUUCUUGGUUAUUGGAUAUCAAAAUUAUCGUUUGGCGAAUCAACUUCCAGGACCAUAUCUAUUGAAUGUGGAAUGCAGAGUUCUGCACUUGGAUUUCUGCUAGCCCAGAAGCACUUCACAAAUCCACUUGUGGCUGUACCUUCUGCCGUGAGCGUUGUCUGCAUGGCGCUGGGUGGAAGUGCCCUAGCAGUGUACUGGAGGAACCAACCGAUUCCGAUUGAUGACAAGGACGACUUCAAGGAAUAGAAAAACCGACUUUUUUACUAGCCAUAAAAUGUUAUGGCUUCUGCACAUUUAGUUUGGGGUUUGCAUUUUUAUGGGAACAAAAAACAUUUUGUCAGUGGUUAUUGAGAGAAGAUUAGUUUCAAGUGUAGUAGUUUGGUGGCUUCAAUUUUCAGUUUUCCACAAGAUUGGCUUAUGUUGCUUGCAUGGCCAAGUUCCAAUUUGAUGGUAUGUAUUUCCAAUUCCAUUUCUUGUAUUCCUCAUUUGGCUCCAUUUGCUGGGUAGUUGAAACUUUUUUUUUUUUUUUUUUUCUUU